AGUCCGUGGAGAUGUGGAUGUCACCACAAACCCACUGAUCGGGGCACACGGAUACUGCAUGCAGGAACUGGUCAACUUGCUACUGACCGGCAGGGCCGUAUCCAAUGUCUUCAACGAUGUGAUGGAGCUGGACUCAGGAAAUGGCGACGUCACCCUCCUGAAAGGCAUCAGUGGGCGUAGCGAUGUGGUCUUGCUGUCCCUCUUUGAGCAUUAUGGCGUCUGCCAGGUGGGCUGUUAUCUCAAGACCCCCAGGUUUCCAAUUUGGGUGGUGUGCAGCGAGAGUCACUUCAGCGUCCUCUUCUGCUUGCAAAAGGAUUUGCUGGCAGAUUGGAGGACGGAACGGCGCUUUGACCUGUAUUAUUAUGACGGUUUAGCCAAUCAGCAAGAGGAGAUCCAUCUAACCAUCG